AUGUUUUACUGAUCACUGUGUUUGUCCGAAGUAUUUUAGGAACUUUUCGUUCCGUAAUUUGGUUUCCAAAUUGCUAACCAUAUUAGAUUUUGUCGCAGUAGUGAUCUAUUCAUUGAAACUGAGAGAUUCUUAGAACUCAAGCCCGUUCGUCUGUUCUAGAACGGUGCCUCCUGUAUGUUCAAUUCUUUUUGUUGAUCGCAUUUCUUAGUGAACAUAUGAAAUCCUCCACGGCCAGCGUAUUUUUAUUUUGGUUAUUACUCUUCGUUACGUUUCUCAAUUUCGUUCAUGGCGCUGACUCAGAACAGAAUAAGUUUCGUCAGCGACGGGCUACCGACGAUGAGCUUCGCUACCCUGAAAUAGAUGAGGAUGCGUUGGCGAAUACUCAGUGCCCUAGAAAUUUGGAGUUGAGAUGGCAAACUGAAGUUAGCUCUAGCAUCUAUGCCACCCCUUUGAUCGCUGAUAUCAACAGUGAUGGGAAGCUUGAAGUGGUGGUUCCUUCUUUCGUACACUACCUAGAAGUACUUGAAGGCACUGAUGGAGACAAAAUGCCUGGUUGGCCUUCUUUUCACCAGUCAACUGUGCAUGCCAGUCCUCUGCUAUUUGAUAUUGACAAAGAUGGUGUGAGAGAAAUUGCAUUGGCUACCUACAACGGUGAAGUACUGUUUUUCAGGGUUUCUGGCUACAUGAUGAAAGAUAAAUUAGUGGUUCCUCGUAGGAGAGUUAGUAAAGAUUGGUAUGUUGGUUUGCAUCCCGAUCCAGUGGAUCGCACCCAUCCAGAUGUCCAUGACGAUCUACUUGUUAAAGAGGCUGAGGCUUCUCAAUUGAAGUCAACUACAGAAAAGAAUGGAAGUCCACCUGAACUGAACAGAACAGCUUCUACAUCUAGAGAAAGUCACCCUGGAGUGGUAAACAUGUCUAACUCAGGGGAUGAAAAUAAAAUGAAUGGGAGUCAAACUGAAACAAACAUAAACCUUACCACAACAUUGGACAAUGCUUCAUUGACUCUGAAUAAUUCAUCCUUGACUGCGGGGUCAGAGGGUAAUAGUAGUUCAGAGAGUAGAGCAAACUCCAGGAGACAUCUUUUGGAAGAUAACAACUCUGAAGAUGAUAAUAAAGUUGAUGCUCGUAAGGCAACUGUGGAAAAUGAUCCUCAAGCAUUGGCAGAUGAUGCAGAUCAAUCUUUUGAGCUAUUUCGUGAAGCUGAUGAUCUGGCUGAUGAGUAUGGCUCUGACUAUGAUGAUCAUGUGGAUGAUGCCAUGUGGGCAGAUGAGGAAUGGCAAGAAAGGCAACAUGAGAAAUUGGAAGAUUAUGUGAAUGUUGACUCACACAUAUUGUGCACGCCUGUCAUUGCAGACAUUGAUAACGAUGGCGUAUUUGAAAUGAUUGUUGCUGUUUCCUACUUCUUUGAUCAUGAGUAUUAUGCCAGCUCAGAGCAUUUGAAGGAAUUAGGUGGUAUUGAUACUGGGAAAUAUGUUGCUGGUGGCAUUGUUGUUUUCAAUCUUGAUACAAAGCAAGUUAAAUGGACCACAGAUCUUGAUCUAAGUACUGAUAGUUCGAAUUUUCGUGCAUAUAUAUAUUCUUCUCCAACUGUCGUGGAUUUGGAUGGUGAUGGAAAUUUGGACAUUCUUGUUGGAACUUCUUUUGGCCUGUUUUAUGUCCUGGAUCAUCAUGGCAAGAUUAGAGAAAAGUUUCCUCUUGAAAUGGCCGAAAUACAAGGUGCUGUUGUUGCGGCUGAUAUCAAUGAUGAUGGCAAAAUUGAACUAGUGACCACUGAUACACAUGGAAAUGUUGCUGCAUGGACUGCACAAGGAAAAGAAAUUUGGGAACAGCAUCUGCAGAGUCUCAUUACCCAGGGUCCCUCUGUAGGUGAUGUUGAUGGGGAUGGCCAUACUGAUGUCGUGGUUCCAACCCUAUCAGGGAAUGUAUAUGUUCUUAGUGGCAGGGAUGGCAGCAAAGUUCGUCCUUAUCCUUAUCGAACUCAUGGAAGAGUGAUGAAUCAAGUUCUUCUUGUUGAUUUAGGUAAGCAUGGGGAGAAAAGCAAGGGUCUAACACUAGUUUUGACAUCAUUUGAUGGUUACUUAUACCUAAUAGAUGGACCGACAUCAUGUGCUGAUGUAGUUGACAUCGGUGAAACUUCAUAUAGCAUGGUGUUGGCAGACAAUGUUGACGGUGGAGAUGAUCUCGAUCUUAUUGUUACAACAAUGAAUGGCAAUGUUUUUUGUUUCUCAACUCCUGCUCCACAUCAUCCCCUCAAGGCAUGGAGAUCAAGUAACCAAGAAAGAAACAAUGUUGCACAGCGUUACAACCGUGAAGGGGUCUUUGUCACUCAUUCAUCUAGAGCUUUCCGAGAUGAGGAAGGCAAAAACUUCUGGGUGGAGUUUGAGAUUGUAGACAAAUACAGAUUCCCAUCUGGGUCUCAAUCACCGUACAAUGUCACUACAAGCUUGUUGGUUCCAGGUAAUUACAUAGGAAACAGGACGAUUAAGCAAAACCAAAUCUUUGAACGGCCAGGUAAAUAUAGAAUUAAAAUGCCGACGGUUGGAGUAAGGACUACAGGGACAGUGCUGGUGGAGUUAGUUGACAAGAAUGGACUCUAUUUUUCAGAUGAAUUUUCUCUCACAUUCCAUAUGUAUUACUAUAAACUACUGAAGUGGCUUCUUGUACUCCCAAUGCUCGGGAUGUUUGGUGUGCUUGUUGUCUUUCGUCCGCAGGAGGCCAUGCCUUUGCCAUCGUUUACACGGAACACUGACCUGUGAUGAGCAUCCCUUGUUGGUUCAACCUGAACCAGGGCCAUAUCCCUCAAUGGAUCUGAGCAUUUAAUCCACUGGGAAACAGUUUCUGGUAAGACUACCUGAAUAGCAAUGGCCCCAAUUGGAUGAUUUUUGAACCAAGAAAUUCGGGACAUGUAAAUAGUUUAAUUUGAUUUUCAAAUGUUUCCAUUGUUUUACAGAUAGUCGAAUAAGUAUAUAUUUAUUGAGAGUGCAGAUGUGAUAUGGGGAAACUGAUAUUGAUGGUCUUCUGAUAAUGUUUAAGUUGUUACUCCACCUA